ACGUUCAUACGCUUUCACGGUUGCACUGUAAAGGUUUCCGGUGCCAGCGCUACGUUCAAGCGAAUUUGCUUUGUCAAUGGGUCAGGAGCAUUCUUCUUUCUAUUCGCCAAAAGCACGACUCGACCUCCUGUCGAAACCUAUCAAGGAGUUGUUACUGCUGAAUCGUCUGUAUCUUUUCAUGCGUUUCUAAACGAUAUGUACAAACCUAGCAUCUCACCACCUGUUCUCUCUAUUUCGUUCGUCCUCGCAGGCCCGCUUGUCACUGUGCUACCAUCAGACACGGUGGUGGAUGUCUUGAGGACGUUCCGGCGAAAGAAAAUAUCAUGCGCUCCUAUACUCCGCAAUGCCGGUGACAAAGACUUCCAAUUAGUGGACGUGGUGGAUAUCUCCACGUUCAUCACGAAUUCGUUUGUCCAACUCGGCGAGAAGAAGUUUAUUGAGAAUGUCGACGUGUUACUGAGAGUGACUUGCGAUCAGCUUGCAGACUUUUCUGCGCAGAACCCAACCCACACUAUCCCCACAUCGGCAUCGAUACCAGACGUGCUGAACCUGAUGAAGGAAACUGGAACAUAUCGAUUGGCCCUGAUGGACACGAAUGAGCAUCUCACGCAGCUCGUGACACAAACGAACCUGGUGGAGUUUGCGCUCCUCAAUCUCGACAGAUUACAAAGGGAGCCAGAUAAGACCAUCAGAGAGCUGGGACUGUUGCCGACUGCACCGGUUUUUACGUGUAGCGACGCGUUAUCCACAAUGGAAGUACUGCAAGAAAUGCGGAAUCGCAACGUCACUGCUGUUCCGAUCGUCAAUAAGCAAGGAGUCAUGAAUGGAAUGAUGACUGUUAGGCAUUUGAAGACACUCGCAACAGACAACGUCGAUAAUCUUUUCCUUUCCGUCUCCAAAUUCCUCCAACUCAUCACAGCCACCUACAUGACGGGCAACAUCGACAUGACGCUGCGCGACCUGCUGCGGAUUAUGGUGGUGAAUACGGUCCACCACCUUUUCUUUGUCGAUGACAACGGUGGGGUGUAUGGCGUCGUCACAUUGACAGAUCUUAUAUCGUGGUGCUUUGAGGAGCGAUAGAAUAUACGCCUACUUUGUUCUAGAACUAAUUUUUGGGGGAAUUCAAACAAAAUGGCUAGAACCAUGGCACGGGAUGCACUGGGCGCCCUAAUGCAGUAAUGCUUCUCGGGUAAAGUAAAACGAGUGAUGCCGAUCUCGAAGGGAACCGCCUUUGCUUUGA